UAUACACAGCUCAAAACUGAAUUCGAUGUGUAAUGCUGUAGAGGUGACAAAGUAGCUCCCCUUGAUGCAGGAGUAUGCUGCCCAAUUAGAUAUAUGGAGAAUAAUUUACAGUGCAAAACAUGAAGUUUCUAAUGAUAGCAGAAUGAAUAACAUGAGGAGAAAAAAGAAAAACUUAUUGGGCAUAAUAAAGUUUGGGAUGCAUGAAAAUUUUUGAUUGGAGUUAUCAUGCACAAGCAGGGUGAAAUGUUACAAUAGGAACUGUUAGUUUGCUUGUGAGUAAUUGAGUGCGUGGAGCAAGUGCAUGAACAACCGUUGGAAUAAUUAUCUGAGGAUUUACAUUUUGAAAUUUGAAGGAAAUUUCUGAGAUGCAAACUGUCAGAGUUCUCAUUUAAAGUGCUUAACACUGUUGAAUGAUGUUGCUGGAAGAAUCCUAUCUAUUUUCAUGAUCGACAGAAUCAAAAUCCAUCUUCUUGACAUGGAUACUUAUCUGUACUGCCUAACUAGCUGCUUGAGUUCAAGUGACAUAGUUGAGUGGUUGCAUGUGACGGACGGUAUUGUAGCACCUCCUGGUUUCUGCUUUUCUGAAGAUCCAGGGAAGAACAACCUGCCUAAUGCAAGGGCAAAGGAGUUCUGUGGAACCCUUCCCUGAAGCAUUUGAGUUUGACAAUGUAUCAAGUUCGAGCAAUUCUGCCAUUGAUCAACAAAUGUACUGGAAUAACAUGCUUCUUGAUCCAGUAGAGACCCAGAACCUACCAGAUUAUCUAGUAUCUCCCAGUGAUGCUAAUAUGUCAUAUGUAAACAUGGCUGCUCGAGAUGAUUCUCGACUGGGCAUCUGGAACGCAGGGGAAUCUAGCUCAAGAGAACACUCACUAAACCAUGGCAGCCAUGAUGAAAUCAAAAUGGAGCAUGGGUGGGCACCACUGACAAUUAACAUGGGAGGUAGCCUGAGGAUAGAGGAAAGGCGUUUUGAAGCAGCCAGUAUGCUUUCUCUGGAAAAUGCCAACAUUAAUCUUAAUGCAACUCAAGUUGACAAUGAGCAAUCUGUUCAGGAUUCCAAUUUAAAUGAUCUCCCUCGGAACUCAGAACACAAUGCUGGUCUCGUUGAUAUCAACAGCGAGGUUUCAGAAGCAAGGCUAUGCCCUCAUCCUACUUAUACCCCAGGCUUAUUAGAACUUGAGCAUGUUCCAUCUUUGAAUGGUCCUUCAAAUUUUUGUGGAAAUUCUUCUGGAGGGAUUGGCUUUAUGCCAGAAGAUGGUGAUGGGAGGCCAGGAAGUUCAUUGGAUGGUCGGCGCUUAGCCUGCAAAAGGAAAAACAUUGGAGGUGUACCUGCUGGAAGUGCAAGCUUUAUACACCAAGGCGAGAAUAGUUUACUGCAUUCUGCUUCUUCUAGUUAUAAUCCUGCUACUGGUUUAAGUAUAGGUAGCUCGUCAGAUUAUCUAUCUGUUGCAAAUCCUUCUGAAGGACAGCUAAACGCAGGUUUUGGCACCAUCAUGAGGGAAGUGGAUUCUGAAUGCUAUCCUUCUGCAAGCACAGCAGGCAAUGCAGAUAACUCACGUAGAAGUUUUCGAUUGAGAAUGAACCCUGCCCAACAACAUGAUAUUUCCCCAUUUAAUUCAUGGUCCUCAGGGAAUACUGUGAGGCGCUUUAAUGUACCAUCACCCAAUCAACCACCUUUCCAUCCUAUCCCAUUUAGUCAGCCACUAGAACCACUGCCAAUAGGUGCUAGUUCAAGCUCACAUGGUCAGCCUCAUGUGCCAGUUAUUCCUGGUCUGCCUCAAACACUGUACCAUUUCCCAUGGACUGGAGCUUCCAGUUCAAGAAUUGGUGGUUCAUUGGGCUCUGUCAACUCAGAGGAGAGAGUGACUGUUAUGCGAGAGGACACAAACUCAAGAAACAUGACAAUAAACAAUGCGUCAGAUUUUGUUUCAACACCUGAUAUGAGACAUUUGGUGCAAGACCGGACAAAUCGGAAUCUGUCUGAUAGGAGCACUAGCAUUGCUGGAAAUGGAGUGCCUACUUCACAAACUGGCACUACUUCGGUGGUCCAUCCAACGGUAGGAUCUACCUGGGUUUCUCAUCAAAAUCCCCCUAACCGAUAUCCUCAGAGCUUAACAGAUGGUGUUCGGCGGUCAUCGUUACCGUCUGGUGGCUCUGAAUCUGGAGGUCAGAUGGGUAACUUUUCUCUACAACGUUCUGGUCACUCUAUCACAUCACAGGGGAGAGGUCAUCAAUCUGGAGCUGUUUUCCGUGGUCAUCAGCAGCUGCCCAUGAGGUCAGCAUUUUUAAUGGACCAACAAAAUGAUAAUGUUUUUGGUGUUCCCUUGACUAUGAGGAGUAUAAUAGCUGCAAGGGAAGGGAGAAGCAGGAUGAUAUCAGAGAUUCGUAGUGCACUGGAAUCUAUGCGUAGGGUGGGAAAUUUACGAUUUGAGGAUAUCUUGAUCCUCGACCAGUCUGCCUUUUAUGGGGUUGCUGACUUGCACGACAGGCAUAGAGACAUGCGGCUUGAUGUAGAUAAUAUGUCUUAUGAGGAAUUAUUGGCACUGGAAGAGCGGAUAGGAAAUGUGAGCACCGGACUCAGCGAGGAAGUGAUUUUGAAGUGUCUAAAGCAGCGGAAAUAUUUAUUGGGUAACGUGGAAGAAUCUAUGGAAGUUGAACCGUGCUGUAUCUGUCAGGAAGAAUAUGUCCAAGGGGAGGACCUUGGGAUGCUGGAUUGCGGACACGAGUUCCAUACAGCUUGCAUCAAACAAUGGCUGACGCACAAGAAUUUGUGCCCCAUUUGUAAAAGCACUGCUCUUGCGACAUGAGGGAGUGGGAAGCGACACAUCUCCUGCUUCAGUUCUCUGAUUGGAUAGAUGACCGUGCUCUGCAUGAGCUAUUUCUUUGCCUCGAAAUCAUUAAAUCCAUUGACACUGGUGGAUAAUUUUUUUUCUUUUUCCCCCCUUGACUUCCUCUUUGCAAAUUUUGCCAUUCCUUGAAGUUGUUUUCCUGCUGACUGCGCUACCCUCUGAAUGAAUAAACCCAGCAACUGUGUAUAUAACAUUUGACAUCAGGAGCUUGAUAGGUGCUGUGCUGUGAAUUUAAUCUCUCCGUUUUGCAA